CAAUUUUUUUUUCCGGUGAAAACUCCUUCAAAUUUCAAAAUACUCGAAAAGGCAUCCACAGAUCAUUGACAACUUUACCCAUCAUGAUUCAUGAUUUGCUGCGUUCGUUACUUCGUUCCAUAUAAUUGUAGUGUAAAUGCAAAAACCUAGGAACAGUAGAAACCCACCAACAUCUUUGAAUUCUGGAACAGGCUUUUGAAGAUUGCACAAAAGCAUUGAGGAACACUACUUGGUUAUGAUCCUUUGACUCUUUCAAUCUCAUGGCUGGACGUUCAUGGCUGGUUGACGGUAACAGAUUUGCUACCAAAAUAAAGCUUGCAUCUGGGACAUGUGAUGCAGGACAAAUAAAGUGGAAUAGCAACCCAACUAGACUGUGCCCCAGCUGCCAGCAUACAAUUGACAACAGUGACGUUGCUCAGGAAUGGCCAGGAUUACCAAGAGGUGUAAAAUUUGAUCCUACUGACCAGGACAUAAUCCAACAUUUAUAUGCAAAAGCUGGCAUUGGGGAUGAGAAACCACAUCCUUUUGUUGAUGAGUUUAUCCCUACAGUUAAUGAAGAGGAUGGAAUUUGUUACACUCAUCCUCAGAAUCUGCCUGGUGUCAAGCAAGAUGGAAGUGCGUCUCACUUCUUUCAUAGAGCUAUCAAGGCUUACAACACGGGUACACGAAAGCGUCGAAAGAUUCAUGGUGAUAAGUUAGGUGAUGUCCGUUGGCAUAAGACUGGCCGGACCAAGCCAGUAUUUCUUAAUGGAGUGCAAAAAGGAUGCAAGAAAAUUAUGGUACUGUAUGUCAGCACAGCUAAAGGUGGCAAGCCCGAGAAAACAAAUUGGGUCAUGCAUCAAUAUCACUUGGGUACGGAGGAGGAUGAGAAAGAUGGAGAAUAUGUUAUCUCAAAAGUCUUCUACCAGCAGCAGCAGCAGGUCAAACAAAGUGACAAGACUGUAGAGUGUAUCUCUGAUGUGGCAGAUGACAUAGUUGCUAAACCAGAUCCUGUAACACCUAAACCUGAGACUCCUGAACCUCCUCGAAGUGAUAUGCGACUUGACCCAAGAGAAGAGGCUUCAGUUUGCAUAGACUCUAUUGCCCAGAACCUUGACAUGGGAUUUGCGAGUGAAGUAAAGCAACCUGAAACAUACAUAUCAACUGAUGAUGAUAAUGCUGCUUUUGAGAAUCAUCCUGGUCCUGAAGCAUGUGAUGAGCUCCUAUGUGACAACGAGGUUCUGGAAGAAGAGUGGUGGGAUGGUGAGUCACAGUGUCUGAUAACUUCCCAACAGCUUGCAGAAGGACUAUCCCUAUGUGAUGAGCUCCUUCAAAGCCAAUCUCCAAAUAGAGAUGGCAAUGCAGAUGUAGUUAUCAAGAGAUCUGUUCUUUCGGAGUAUGCUUGUUUGGGAUCUGAAGAUCUGAAGAAGGAUUUGGAAGAGUGUCAGAAUUUGGUCCUUGAUCCUGCAAACAUAAAUAUAGAUACACCGCCAGAUUUCAGACUAAGCCAACUGGAGUUCGGAUCACAAGAAAGCUUUGGUACCUGGGCACUAGGCAAGUUGAACGACUAAAGGUGGAGACUCCAUUAUGUUUAAAUUUUUAGUUUGUAAAUAUAGCCCUUCUUUUUUUUACUGUACUAUGUUGUGCUAGUUUUCCCAACAUAGCCUCAGAAACUGGGAAUUCAAGGGCCCUUUUGGUUGUGGACUUCGGAAAUGAUUUACACGCUCAUUUAAAGAUUUGAGGGUGCGCCGGUGUGUUGAGACAGGUGUGUGUCAUGGUUGGAGAAGUAGUCAUUGAACUGUUCUGUCCUUUUAAACGUUUAUGAAGAUGAAAGUUGUUGCUUUUGGAGGAUGGUAAGGAUCGGAACAAGGUCCAUUGCUAUGGCAUUUGGCAAAUUGGUAAAACACGACUAGGAUUUUUUUUGCUAAGUUAUGAAACCUGAUUGACAUAUUUACUUAUCUACUACUCUUUUUGCCCUUAGCUUGUGUAUGAAGUAUGAAGUAUGAAGUAUGAAGUAUGAAGUAUGAAAUAUUCUAUUUUUAUUUAUAAAAUUUUUUGGGUGUAAUUGUUAGACCAUAAA